AGAUUUACUGGCUUUUUUUUAUUUUUUUUAUUUAGCCUGCUACUUCCCGAAAUGCCCAAGAAGCACAUGGAGAUCGCAAGGAAGUUUAUCAAAAAGUAUAAAUUGCUUUUGCAAGAUGGAGCCAAAGGGUGAGUUUAUGGUUUGUUUGCUGAAACAAAGAUCGAUUGACGAACUUUAGCAUUUGAAUAUAUAGAAUGAAAUUUGUACGCAUCACCGCCGCCACUUUGGCAUUGAAUCUAACCAAGUCGAGCGUUACAAAGAAGCGCGUCAAGCCCGCACGUAAACCCCGUGUACGAAAAUGGCAAUACGCUCAAGAAUCCGGCUCUAUCAUGACCCAUCCAGAAUCGAAACCCGUCCCUGGAACCAUCGUAGGCUCCGAUGCUCUACCUAUUGGACAAACUAAUUUGGGCCAUCGUAUGCUAUCAGCUAUGGGAUGGCGAGAAGGAGAUACCCUGGGAACGACCAAUACCGGCAUUACCGCGCCUGUGGAAGCCAUUGUCCGAAGCAAGAACCUUGGUUUAGGCGCUUAAAUCCCAACAUAUGAAAUCGGAAAAAAGCAAAUUAGGCUAGC